AUGAAGAGAUUCCAUGCAUCGGCAUCGAUCUCAGCAGCUCUGAUUAUGUUACUUCUAGCUUUGUUUAGCAGCAAGAAUAAUGUAGAGGGUCGUCAGAUGGCACCAACUUCCAUGGAUUUCACAUCUAGUAAAGCUAUGAGAGAUUUGCAGAUAAACAAGGGGACCAAGGAAGAGUCUCUAAGAGGUGAAAAAGAUAGCUUCCGAAGAAUCCCAAGGUCUGGCUCCAGCCCUAUACAGAACAAGAUCGAUCCCCUAACUGAUGUAGGAGGAAAUAGGAAACAACAUACCACAGCAAGAGAACCAUAGAUAUCAUUUUCUUUUGUCUUAGAUCUUUCCCUUUUUCUUUGAGGUAUUAUAGUGUAUUUAUCACUUAUUUCUGGAUGCCGUAAUGUAAUUGAAAGUUUUAAACAUAAGAAACCUAUCUUAUAAGCUU